GCACUAAGCAUGGCUGUUCUCUCCAAGGAGUAUGGCUAUGUCAUCCUGACCGGGGCUGCCAGCUUCUUCUUGGUCAUGCACCUUGCGGUGAAAGUGGCCAAGGCUCGCAAGAAGUACAACGUGGAGUAUCCAAUCAUGUACAGCACAGACCCUGAACAUGGGCAUAUGUUCAACUGCAUCCAGCGUGCACACCAGAACACGUUGGAAAUUUACCCUGUCUUCCUGUUCUUUUUAGCCACUGAUGGAGUCUUCCACCCACGGAUUGCCACAGGGCUUGGCCUCACCUGGAUCCUUGGAAGACUCCUUUAUGCCUAUGGUUACUACACAGGAGAACCAAAAAACCGCAGCAGAGGGGCCAUUGGUUCACUUGCACUCAUUGGGAUGGUGGGCACAGGCAUGUAUUCAGCUUUCCAGCACCUCGGCUGGAUCGGCAAGAACUAA